AUGGCGGGCAUGAAUCAUGAAGGGCAUGGGGCCGCCCGACCGCAGAACGCCGCGUCUUUCUUCGGCAUCGACCACGACGCCCACAUCAUGUCCGAUGACCUCUCCUUCGGUUCGCCCUUCAGUCCGACCGGAUCCAACAACAACGACAAUUUCCUUCAAGAUCCCAUUUUUCCGGAGUGGAAGACCGGUGCCCAGCGCGGUAGCGAUAACCCCGAUGAGCUCCAGAAACAAGAUCCGCUGGCCGCCCAGAUCUGGAGGCUCUACACGCGCACCAAAUCUCAACUGCCGAACCAGGAGCGGAUGGAGAAUCUGACCUGGCGGAUGAUGGCCAUGAGUUUGAAACGCAAGGAACAGCAACAGCGGGCUCAGCAGUCACAGAAGUCUCAGACACAAGCGCACAACCAAAACGAGGAAAGCCCCGCUCCCAGCGGCAUCGCGCAGCUGCGUUUGUCCGACCAGGACUCGACAUCCCCCCAGGACCAAAUGAAUCUGGAAGCGAACCCCGAUGCGAUGAACCUGGAUGAUUUCAUCGUGCCUUUUGACUCACCUGUCGACUAUUCUUCGCAUCCAGCGGUUGACCGCCAUUUCACGGCUACGCCGACGUCGUCCAUCCCCAUCAAGUCCCGCAAGGACCAGCAACACCUAGUCGAUUCGGCCGCCGCAGCCUCUUUCCCGCAUCCGCCGCAGGACCAGCGCAAGAACAGCGAGUUUGGUUACGUGCCUCGUAGAGUGCGCAAAACCAGCGUCGACGAGCGUCAGUUCUUUGCCGGUCUCGCCGUGCCCACUCGUAAGAGACCCGCGGAUGCCUCCCCUCAAGUGCCGCCCGUAUCGAACGCCAUGAUGGCCCAUCACUCUGAGUUGACAGCCGGCUUGCCGGACUACUCACUCGAUCAACCUUCGGCCUUCGCGAUGCCUGGAAACGGCAGCGUUGGUGGAGGUCCUAGGCGCCAUCAGCAUCACCAUACGGCCUCGGGCAUUUCCUUCGGCCUCGACACCUUUGGGGUAGGCGAAGAAACCGGCAUCCACUCGGCUGGUCCGUAUCAGCAGCACUUCACCUUUUCCCCAUCCGACUCUCCCAUGACCGCCAGCAACCCCUUCUCUAGUCUGUAUGCUCAGACCCCACUCGCAUCGUCACUGAAUUCCACCGAGUUCUUCUCCCCGCCGCCAUCGGGUUACCAGUCCGCCGUUUCGACCCCUCAGCCCAUAUACGAGGGGGAGCAGUCUAUGUUCUUCAACGAUGCGCCCUCGGUCGAUUCCCAAGCCCACCGCCGCAUCCCUAACUAUAUCCAGCAGCGGUCGUCCAACUUGUCGGCAUCCCUGCAACCCCGCCACCUUUUCAACUCAGCCAACGGCGAGUACCAAUCAGCAACGAGCGGUCCACCAACGGCGAUGCACUCGGCUGGAUUCUCUAUGUCCCAGCAACACGUUGAUCCGACGCAAGUUCUUGGCGGUGGCGAGUAUUCCACUAACGCGCCCUCCGGCAGUAUGUUCACCUUUGGAGGUGAUUCGGACAAUGAGGAUGACGACCACAGCUUUGAGCGUGGUGGCAUCGCCAUGCCCAACGAUUUCGCCUCCAUGGACGAUGUCAGCGACAUGAACACAGGCCUGAACUGGGACACAGGAUUCCCCGGAUCUGUGCAGUCUCUGCCAGGCUUUAGUGGUCAUCACCGGAAACAUGUCACUAUUGGCUCGACGGACAUGAUUGAUGGCCCUGCUGAGUGGCAGCACGGUACCAGCUUGGGCCGUGGACAUGGGUCGGCCGCCUCGGUCAGUGAUGUGCGUAAUCGCGACCGCCAACAAAAAAUUGCCCGUACUUCAUCUACCCCCAACGCGCAGCAGCUGCUCCGGCAGAGCAUGAACGGAACGACUAGUGGCCCGCCUACGAACCAUCCUUCCCCCAGCACGCCCCCCGAGUCCGGUCUCAGCAGCGCGGUGCCCUCUCGACCCGCCAGCCCUGGUGGCUCCAAGAACGGCGAUCCAAACGCGGGGCCGACUACCUGCACCAACUGCUUCACCCAGACCACUCCUCUCUGGCGCCGUAACCCUGAAGGCCAGCCACUUUGCAACGCCUGUGGCUUGUUCUUGAAGCUACACGGUGUGGUUCGCCCGCUCUCUCUGAAGACUGAUGUCAUCAAGAAGCGGAACCGCAGUAGCGCUAACAGUUUGGCUGUCGGCGCCUCGCGCUCGUCGAAGAAGUCCUCCCGCAAGAACUCGGUGCAGCAGGCAUCCGCCAGCGCGGCCAUCGUAGCCGCCUCUCGCUCCCCCAGUAACAACGCCCCUGAGUCACCGCCAGCGAUGGCAGGAUCCAGCAUGGGCAAAUCUGGUGUGGUCCCCAUCGCCGCCGCCCCGCCAAAGACCGGUCCCCCAGCUGGUGUUGCUCAGGCUCGUGCCGGAGUGCAAGUGGCCCCCAGACGGCAGCGCCGUCUCGAAAAGGCCCCCGCGGGCCCCGAACAGGAUACCGAGGAGAGCCCCAGGGCCAACGCGCCCGCCAGUCGAUCCAAGGUGGUGCCAUUGGCACCUGCCAUGCCACCGGCUGCUGCCAACCCGGCCAACCACAGUAUUGCAGGUGGUCAGGGUGCAAGCCAGGAAUGGGAAUGGCUCACCAUGAGUCUCUGA